UUAACUAUAGCGCAACAAGGAUUUCAGGUUUCUUUUAGUAAUGCCCUAGGCAGUUUUCAGUUUGAUUCUGAAACCAGUUUUAUUUUUCUAUUGUUGACCCUUUCGACAAAAACCAACAAGCUAGUGUUAGUAUCUGUUUAAUUGCUCUACCUGAUCACCAUGUCGACAUCGAGUGCAGGAUCGGCGAUGUUUCACCCGCCCCGUCGAAGAGUGAAAUUUUUUGUAAUCGUUGGUUUUAGUUGCUGUGUCAUCUUCUUCAUGAACCAGUUACUUUAUGUACAACAAUCCCAGUCGAUUGAAAACUUCAAAGAAUACGCCAACGGAAUAGUUAUCGAAGACAAAAAUAAUGAUCUCUACUCAAAAGUGCGCGUGUUGUGCUGGGUUAUGACGUCACCCGACAAUCACAAAACAAAAGCGUUAGCAGUCAAAGAAACGUGGGGCAAACGCUGUAACAUUUUGCUGUUCAUGAGUUCCGCAGUCGAUUCGACGUUACCAACUGUGAAUCUGCACGUCCCUGAAGGCCGAAAUCACCUCUGGGGCAAAACACGGGAGGCAUUUCGCCAUGUAUGGAAAAAUUACAAAGAUCAAGCAGACUGGUUUCUGAAAGCUGACGAUGACACGUACCUUAUUGUUGAGAAUUUGCGAUAUUUCCUAUCAGCCUUUAACACAUCGAAACCGUUGUGGUUCGGCCACAAGUUUAAAGUAAUUGUUAAAUCAGGAUAUUUCAGCGGUGGGGCUGGUUACGUGUUGAGUAAAGAAGCGACCAGGAGGUUCGUCGAAGAAGGUUAUUUUAACGCACUCACUUGUCGACACGAUCACGAAGGGGCGGAAGAUGCAGAAAUGGGGAAAUGUAUGGAAAAUCUGAACGUCUCGACAAUGGACACGCGGGACUCUAAAGGAAGGGGCCGAUUCUUUCCCUUUGUUCCAGAGCAACACUACUUUCCUGGUAAAAUUACACCAAGUUAUUGGUACUGGAAUAAUAUUUACUAUCCACCCACAAAGGGAAAAGAUUGUUGUUCUGACAGCGCCAUAUCCUUUCACUAUAUCACUCCUGAACUGAUGCACAUAUUUGAUUAUUUGAUUUAUCAACUCCGCCCUUAUGGAAUGCCAGCCGAUCAACGACCUUCAACUCCCGAACCACCUCCAGACUUCAAUCUGACUGCUUCGCCGUGGUUCGCCCCUCCAGAUGAAGUUACUGAACAACAGAUUGUCAGUAUAAACACAAUACCACUGAACUUCGUGCAUUUGACUAUUUUUGAUUUGUUAAAUAUGGAGAAUAUUGCUGAUCCUUUCUCCCAAAACAAAAUGAUCGAGGGGGUAGUAAAAUAAUUACAUAGCGCAGUAUUCGGAUAAUACAAAACGUUUUCUAACCUGA